AUGCCUCUCAAAGCACCUUGCCCUCUUCCACGUUUCGAGCCCGAAGAACCUUGCCCACCAACCAUCAUUCGGCAUCCGUACUACUCCGAGGCCGAAAAUGUGCUGCUUUCAUUCCCCCGGGUCGACCAUCUUACAGAUAAGGAUGAGAGUGACUACGACUCCAAGGUUGGCCUGCACUACGGAACGGUGCUAUCAGCGUGCCAGAUAAUCUUGGGGAAUGACAAAAGCGCCAACCUAAGCUACGACCAGGCGGGUGAGAUGCUUGUUGAGCUCAGCUAUGAUGGCUUCUUGACCUGCCUCGAGUAUUACCUCCAGACCCCGGGAGACUUUGAGAAUUGGGAGUUCCAAGAGCGCAAUGCCCUAGGGCCAUGGUUUGACGAAACCUUCGAAUGGGCGACCGCCACUUAUGACGACCAAUUCAAGCCAACCGUCCCGAGAGGUCGUUGCGUCCUGACUGGCGCUUCGACUAAAGAUGGGGUUCAAACCAUCCCAUUGACUGGCGAGACAACUAGCAACGUGGCGCACUUGAUCCCCCUGAGUUGCAGCUCGUGGUUUCGGCGGAAUGUGAUGAACAGAUUCUCGAUGGACCCUUGCAGCAUGGCUGGCCCAGAUAGUCUGAACAACAUCUGCCACCUCCGUAGCGACCUGUUGGCAGACUUCAACCGAUGCAAAUUCGUCUUCGCACCAAGGCGGACAAGUAGCGGGUAUACAUUUGCCGCGCACUAUCUGUCCGUUGGCGAUGACCUCUCGUACCCGGCGAAGGUCUUCCACAACCAGAUGGUCCGUCCUUUUGUCGGAGUCAGUGACAAAUACAUUUAUGCCCGAUUCGCGUUUUGUGUAUUCGAGCUUCUGCGUCACUUUGUCACUCAGAGACCCAGGCGCCUUGGCACCCGUGAACGAGCCACGGGUCAAUUUGGCAUCGAUAGAUUGGUUACCAAAAUAUCUAUUCGCCAGAUGGGAAUGUCCAGCGAACACGAUUUACGGUUGAAUCCUAGGAAAAGGACCAUUUCCGACUCCGAGUCCGAAGCGACCGGCCUCGUGGAGCCCGAGGCCGACGAACAGCCAGUAUCUGGACAGGAGCAGACUGCAGCACUUCAAUCUUUGCCUAACACGACUCCCCCCAUCCCGAGGCAGAUUCCCACCGAGCGACGUAGUGAACUUUCGAAGAGGUUCAAGAAACGGUGGGUAUUGAGACGAGAGCCGAGGGGCGCACUCCAACCUCAGGCCAAGCCGCGUCCUGCUACCUCGGAGCGGACUGUUACUGGGCUUUAUAGUGGGAUUCCUGACGCGGCCCAGGAACAGCCAGCAAUUGAACAAGGGCAGUCUCGUGUCCACCAGUUUGUGUCCUCUGCCCAGUCUGCUACCCCGAGACCGGUAGUCACCGAGCAAAGAGCCUUUGCUUCGGACAUGACCCCGGAACAGCGAGCAAUACAACAGCAGGCGAUGCCCACCCCUACACCAGGGCAAUUUGCCACUACACAACAUGAUCCCAAUCCGCGGGGAGGGACACCUCACCCAACUGGCCUCGAGAGUUUUUCUUUGAAUGGAAAGCCAGCCGAGACUCGUCCUAGACUUCUGGAGUUCCCGGUUGGGACGAUACCGAGAACUCAGACUCACAGCCCCGACACAUCAGCCAGGCCACAAUUGUCCUUUCCACAUGGUAACCGCCCCGCCAGUACAUGUUAA